AUAUCUACAUGUACGUGUUCAUACAAAUGUAAACAAACUUGUGACAAGCACAUGACCAUCCAGGUCAUGCACAUCCGAUAUCAUUAAUUGUAGUUACUUAUUUCUUACGUUUAUAAUUAUCUGUGAAUAAUUUAUUCAUGGUCCAGUCGUAGUGAUAUGAAAGAAUAAAACCUGUUAAUAAUGCAGAUUCAAACAGAGAACCAGAAUGUUUUCCUUAGCCUUUUUGAGUUCCAGUGUGAAAGCAAAUGACAGAUGGAAACCACCAAAAUUAGAGCGUACUAAGAUAAGGUUGGUGUUAUACCAUGAUAAUGAACGAGAUAGAAAUAUUUUAUAUGAUUCUACAUCUUUAAGGAAAACAGAAGAAUUGCAGGGUUGUCAUUUAAGGAAGAAAGGAUGUAUACAGAACAGAUUGAUAUGUUCUGAUGGAGAUUUAUCAAUGAACAAGAAACAUGUACCAUCAAAGUAUAUGCUCACCAGAAAAAUGGGAUCAGAUGUAAAAGUAUUGGAGGAACUAAUGUUUGGGUCUGUUGGAAUGGCCUACAAAGGCCCUUCAUUCAAAGUACACUUUCUCAGAAAUCCAUCACAAAUGAUGUUAACAAAAGUAUUCAUACCAGAAAACCAUCAGACAAGAGAAUCUAUUUACAGUGAUAUAGAUUCUAUUGACUCAUUAAGUAUACAUAGUAAUCAGGACCUGUCAAUAAGUGACCCAAAACAGAUAUCUCAACACAACAGACAUGGCUCCAAUAUUGCACAAAGUAUACCUGUAGAUGUACCAUCCAUGAGUCCAAAGAGACACAGUUUUGAUUUAUUUGAGGAGGAUAGUGGAUUAUCUUUGACUUCGAGUGGCAGUUUUCAUGCUUCAUUCCCGUCCCCUGGUAGUAAUCCUAAUAGUUAUACAAGUUUGCAUCGACGGUGGAUGAGAAGUCAAUCAAUGUCACUUGAGGGAUUUACUAUGAGAAAGAGAAAUUCUCAAGACAAUCUGGUAGCCCAAGAUCGACAAGAUGUGAUCCUUCCGGCUAGGAGACGUAGAAGUAAAAUUGCCAUGGGGAUACUGUUUGAACUGAAUGACAAUGACAAGAAUACAGAACAGAAUAAAAUGUUUGAGAACUUUUUCUUUUCCCACAUUACCCUGCUGGAAUCACAUUUAGAAAAGUUAAAGUUAGCCAUUGAAAAGGCUCAUUAUAACAGAGGAAAAUUUGUUGACAUAGUAACUGAGGCAUUAGAAAUAUUCAGAGAUGAUGUCAUAGAUCUCUACACUACACCAAGAUUAUCUGAACCAGUCUGGUUAAAUAUGAUGUCACAUGCAAGUUAUCGUUAUCCCUUGUGUGAAGGUUUUAUGAAGGAUUUCAUGUCAUUAGUAACAAAGCAUGAAAAUAAAAAUAACAAUUUUUUUAUAAGUACUCUUGUCACAGCAGUGCUAACACAUCAUUUAGCCUGGGUUGCCACGGUUACACCUGCAGGUGCUACAACAUCUAAAACAUAUCUUCACAAUCAUUCCGCCAAAUGGGUAGAUGCACUUGCUAAGUCACAUCCUUACAAUCCUAUGUGGGCUCAGUUAGGAGAUUUAUAUGGUGCAAUAGGAUAUCCCCUAAAAUUAGCUAGGACAGUGAUAGUAGGCAAAAAGGCAGAUCUUGUGAAAAAGCUUUUGUACAUCCUAACAUACUUCAUAAGGUGCAGUGAUGUCCAAGAAAACACAGAUCUUUCAUCCAUGAUGAAGUGUAUGGAAGAUAUGAAUUUAGAUGAUAGUGAAAAACAAGACAUCACCCCAAUUAAAGAAGACUGCAAUUCAAAUUGUUCUUUUCCUUUUGGUAAUGAAGAUGCUUGUAGCGUUUGUUCCAAUGAUAUUACAAAUAGAACCCAAGAAUCAGGAAAUAAAGAUGAGCUAAGACACUCUGUUAGUUUAGAUCAUAAAAAUACAAAAAAUAAAUCAAUGGAGUCAGUAGAAUCUGAUAUACCAUUUCCUAUAACAGUAACUGGAAAUAGUGUUUUUUAUGUGGAAAAUGAUCAUCUUUUACAUGAAAAUAGUUCGUCUCAUAAUGAAACUGGAAAUAAAGUAGAUUCUUGUCAGUUAGAUAAAAAUAAAAAGAUAAAAGAUAGGUCAUCAAAUUGCUCAAAUGAAAUGAAAGUGGGCUCUAGUCAAUUUUAUCAUGCCGAAAAUAAGAGAAUAUCAAGCAUGCUGGACAGUUUGGACUCUGUUGGUCAUCAAACAGAAGAUGAGGGUUAUGAUUCUAUUUUAAGCAGUGGAAAUUUUGAAGAAACUUUAUGUUAUAAGCCUUGUAGGCUAUCUGGUUCUGAGAUUAAAGAAAACGUUCCUGUUGAAAAUGUUCAGUUAGUGUCUAGAGCUGUAGUAGAUACACGGAAGCAUUCUUUUCUGACUUUGCCUUGUAAAGAUUGGUGUGAUAGUAAUAGUGAAAAUAUUAACUCUACAAAAAGUGAAGAAGAAAUCAAGGUUACAAGAAAGAAAUCAUUACUGUCAGAAACAUUGUCUAACGAAAAUAAUAAAGCUACUUCACAAAUUUCGGAAAAAAAUACUAAUAAACCAAAAUUAACCACAGCACAAAUCAGAAAUAAUUUUCUGAAGGGUGGCAGUAACAGCCUAUUCAAUGAAUAUUUUGAUGAUGAUAAUAUCCAUACAAAGACGAUAGAUGAGGUUGAUGUCAAAGACCGAGUGGUACAGCAUCCAUUGGCUUGUGGGCACUCUAAGUCAUCUGGAAAUAUUGCUGACACCAACAAAAAGGAAGAUUUGUAUGGAAGUCAGUCUGAGUUGGAAUUCAUUCAUGCCACUAGGUUGAAUUCAAUUGGAAAUGGAGUCCGUCCACGAAUUUCAUCAUUUACAAGGCAGAUUAGUUCAGAUAAAAGUCACAAAGCAAACAGACCUAGCUCAUUGGCACCUGGUAGAUGCAGGUCAGUUACUCCUACAGAGCUUGGAAGGAGGCGCCAUCUAUCAUCAACAGGUAGUUUUGAUAUUGAUUGGUCUGACCCUAUUCAGCAUUUGAAAGAAAUAGAUAUUCCAAGCAUAUGUGAUGAGAUGUCAGGCAGAAGUAUUAACUUAUUUGACAGGAAUUUUGGCAGGUCACUUUUAGCCGGUUAUUCUAAUCAUUACCUGUCUGACUUUGUAUUACAUGGUACAUCUGAAUCUGGUUUUAAUGGUAAAAUGAUGAAGGAUUUACAGCUAUCUGUUCAGCAUUCUGUGUUAGAUGAAACAAUAUCUGAAGCUGUUGGUAUAGUUGCUGAUACAGAUAAAUGGACUGUAGAAAUAAAUAGUAGUUUAUUCCCAGAGAAAUCACCUCAGCCAGUUGUAGCAUCACAACUAGUCUGUAACUUAAUAGAAGCCGUCCUACAAUUAUGGAAACUUAAAAUGAGUCCAGAAUUUUGUCUGAUGCAUUUAGAAGAUAGACUGCAGGAAAUUUACUUUAAAAGUAAAAUGUUAGCAGAAUAUCUAAAGGAUAUAACUACAGAUGGUUCUAAAAAAUGCAGUGUUCAUGAUUUAACACAUGUGUUGGGGUUUGAAAGAGGAGACCUUCCUUUACUGAUGGCAAUAGCAGGAACACAUUCUCUUCUCCCAGUAUGCCUAUAGUAUCAGCUUAUUUGAAUCUUUAAUGAAUAAUGAAAUCUAUGAACGAUUGCAACAUUACAUUUACUGUUUGAAAUGUCAACUGAAAUUAUUUUUUUAUAUUUGAUAAUAUUUUGAAUCUGCAUUAUUGUAGGUAUAUCAAUAUUUAAUAAGUUUUGGAAUUAAACAUGCAGGGUAGGAUGAAUGGUGUAUGAUUGUUUUUAUCAAAUACGGAAUAAUGUUGAGUUUAUUAAAUCUUUUGGUUAUGUACUGAUGCUUCAUAGUAAGGGAGCUACCAUUUGAUUUUUAUGGGGGGCUAGGAUGAAAUUUGAAAAAAAUAGGCAGAACAGGAGUUUUGAGUAAAAAAAAAUGGCAAGAUGAGACACUUGCAAAAAAAAAAUAGUCAGGACGACUAUUUAGGUAAAAAAAGUCAGGAUAAACUAAAAAAAAAAAGGCAGGACCGAACAGAGUGAAAAAUAAAAAGGCAGGACAGAGAUUACAGAUAAAAAAAAGGGCAGGACAAAAUUUUUCAUCCUAGCCCCCCAUAAAAAUCAAAUGGUAGCUCCCUAAAGGCAACACCAAACUGGUUUUACUGUUUUUUUGUCAUUCGCACUUUUGAACUUGUUUUCCUCUCAGUUGUGUAGCAUGAAGAUAAAUUGUAUUCUUAAAAAUGUAUUAGAAAAUAUCGUCUUCAUUUUAAAAGACCUUUGUUUUGCAUUAUUGAAUCCUGUUAUAAUUAAUUUUAUUUUUAUAAGUCCACAGACAUUUUUGGGUUUCCAGACAAUAACAAUUUAGACAAUUGGAUAUAUAUAAAAUUUUACAAGAAGGUCCAUUAGGAUAAAAGGAAGGUCAGGAUUUAUUUUGGGGGUUAUGGUACCAACAGUUUAAAAAUAAGGGACCAAAUACAAGCAUUUUUUAGUUACUGCACAAUAACUUGUGUGUUAGUGUAUGGAUCUCUCUGAAAUUGUACCACAAUGUUCCAUAUCACAAAGGAAAGGCUGGGAUUAUGUUUUUGGGGUAAUUGUCCCAUUUUUAAAGACAUUUUUAUUCUGUGAAGUGUAAUCAGUUGAAAUUGCAGAAAAGUUUUGUAUGUUAUGGUAGUGUACAUCUAUUUUGGGCCUAUUAAAUAAAAAGAGAAGGGGUGGGGGGAGAUUUAUAAAAAAAAAUCUUAUAGUCAAGAUUCUAUGAUAAAAUAUGGCAGUUUUGUGUGAUGUUGAUGGAUUUAACAUAAACAUAUAUACAAGCACGACUACAAAUUGAAAGAAUUCAUUUAUUUUCAUAAAAAAUAACAGAAAACAAUUGUUUUAUAUUAUAUUUUCCAAAUUACUUAAAUGUUUUUAUUUUCAUUUGCAUUAUCAGAAUGUGAUAAUAUGUUUCCUUAAGCCUUUGUAUGUAGUUAUAAUUGUGUUAUGUAUUUAUAUUGCAUAUCAACUUGUCAAACUGAGGGCUUAUAUACUGGUAUGAAUGCUAAAUGCAGCAUAAUUGAAUUUAUUUAAAGCAGCAAAUUUAUUAAAAGAGCUAAAUAUAUUAA